GCAGCAGCCUGCUGAGGACAGCGGAGACCGCUGCUGAGGAUAGUGCCGCAUGGGUCUCUGCCUCGCUGCGCUUGCUGUCAUGGUCAAGAACAGAGAGACAACUGAGUUUCGGGACUCGGUUCUAACUUAUGUGAUCCUAGCGGCUGGAGCAGUCUCAUCAGAAAUCAUCCACUUGGCCUACAAUGGCGACGAGCAAGUGACAUGGAGCAAGGAAUGCGGAGUGUUCAGUGGAUUCUGCAACAAAGCCACAACCUCUAUCGGCAUCACCUUUGGAGCAGUGGCUUGUUACAUAGUGCUCUCUCUAAUCUCCUCAUAUCGCCUUUUCAGUGCUUAUGAAGCACCCAUCCCUUUCCUAAGUAGCAAAGACAUGGAGAUUGCAGCAUUCCCUCGUUGAGGUUUCCGACAGUGGUCUUUCUAUGCUUUAUUUGGAUGUGUCAUAAAGUGUUAAUAAACUUGAUGCUUCGCUUUGUGUAGGGUGGUAAAAGACUUUCAAUGUGUGUGUUAUCAAUGAAGUUGAUAGUAGUUUUAGCAACUUAUUAUUAU